UUUUUCUUUUCUUUUUUUCUUUUUUUGCAGAAAGAGGAGCACGGUGGUCCUAAUUGCGUUGGCCUCAGGCGCGCUUCUAAUAGCAAUCGCAUUGCUUGCGGCCGCAGUCGCGAAGUCGACAGGGGAGGGCGAAGGCUCAGAUUACGACUCGUCAAUGUCUGAAAUACAAGGUGAAGACGAAAGCCAAUACGUUCUACCGGAAGGAGCGGUGGCUGAAGUAACUACGACGAUGGAGGUAACGACGUUGAUGCCCGUAAGCACUACGUUGACGUCGGACACAGCAACGCCCGAGACAACGACGUCAACGACGACCACAACAACGACAUCUACGACGACCACAACUGUUAAACCAAUUCUCAACGCCAAAGUGUUCGUCUGUACUGCGAACCCGACCGCUGACGUCUCACUGCCAAGUAUCCCAGAUGGCCUUUGCGACUUCCUGAUGUACAGGCCGACCACUGUUCCAUUCACGUCAGAGCCGGGCGACGAACUAAAGAAAUUCACGGAACUUAUACCCGAGUUCGGCAAGACACAUCUCGGCAUUGACAUCAGGCAGGAGAUCCGAGACGCAGCUAUCUCUCAACUGAAAGAACCGUCUGGAAAAACAGCCCUAGCCUCCUUGUACAAGCAGGGUGUCCAAGACUACAGCACCUUCGAUGUUGACAUCUAUGUUGAUACAACCGAGGAUGCAGUGAAAGACGUGAUAGGGUUUCUACAGACGAUAAAGGCUAUUCAGACAGAAGCCAAAGGAGAUAGUGCAGGUUUCGGCUACUUGUUUGUGGGCGUUUCACCGCUAGCACACAAUAUCAGUGACGACACUGCUACUACGAAGAUGUGGGUUCACUUCCAACGUAUCAUAGAUGAAGUGAUGCCCGACGGAGUUCUGUUCCUCACCACUUACCUCCGGACACAUUAUAAAGAAAACAGGUGCAGGUCUACGGGGCCAUCUUUGUGGACUCGUGCCAUAAUGUUCGACCAGCCGACAUUCGAGGAUUCGCUGAACUUUCGCAAAGGCCUGAAGAUACCGGCCAACGUGACUCAGCUGUUGUCCCUCUCUGUUCACGGGCGGUGGUCAUCCUACACGGAGGCGCAAAUGCCAAAAACGACUACAGAGAAACGGAAGUACCUCGAGCUGGGCGACUCGCGCGUCUGUAACGAGACUGGGAUCUACGACGUCGUGAGCUACACUUGCGUGAACAGUACCCAUGACCGGUACAAAGCUUACCGCGGCGACGGAUCGCAAGACAACCUGGACUACUUGAGGCUAACGCGAGUCGUCAGAUCAUCCUAUCCUAUGUGGGUCGGUGGUUACGACUCCUGGGGAACCAUGUCUAUGAAAAUGUGCAAGGCUUACACGGAGUACGGGCACCGCGGUGGAUGGGUGGUAUUCGACCUUCAACUCGCUGACGUACUUGAUUUCUGCACUACCGGCUACACGCAAGGUUUCGGCCACUGCUAUCGCAUUAAGAAUUACAUGUACGAAGAGCCGACGGUUUGCGUUAUGAAUGCAACAGUCGACGCUGUUGAACGUGGCAUAAAAUUAUAAUCUGUCGUUGAAGUAAAGUAGAUGUUUCCUCU